CACAGACAGCGCUGGAAAAAAGAGAAAAUCUUGUCUUAAAUCAGUAUUUUCUCAGUGAAAAGGAAGCAAGAAUGGCAGGUGAAAAUGAUGAAAGACGGAAAAUGAAACAGUUGAUGAAGGAGAAAGGUGAUGGCGAUACCCCUUUACAAUGGAUGUAUAAGGAAAGUAAGCCAGACAGUGAAGAUUUCCUACUUGGGAGGCGCAUUGACAAGGUCGGGGAGGACUUGGAUAAGAAGGAAGACCCAUUUUCUGCGAUAAUGGACGAGCGUAUACAACAUAACAUUGAGAUGGAUACUAAAGCCAAGAUGAGAGAAGAUCCAUUGUUUGCAAUCAGAAAGCAGGAGGAGGAUGCUAGGCGGAGACUGGUGGAAAACCCAGUCAAGAUGAAGAGACUUCAGAUGGCCCUAGAUCAAAAGAACAAGUCCAAAAAGGGAAAGAAGAAGAAGAAGAAACACAAGAAAGGCAGUUCUGAUAGUGAUUCAGAUGACAGUGAUGACGGCUUGAUGUCCGCUUAUCUGAAUAUUCUUAAACAGAAAGGAGGAGGUGGUGGGGGAGGGAAGUAUGUGGAAAAAGCCCAGGUUAAAUCUAAAAAUAGAUCAAGGGAAGCUACUCCUGAGGAAAAGUUUAACAAAUCUAAAAAUAGAGCAAGGGAGGCAAGUCCUGAUGAAAGAUCAUACAAAAUGAAAAAGAAAGCAAGGGAGCCGACUCCAGAGGAAAGAUCAUACAAAACUAACAAGAGAACAGGGGAGGCUAGUCCGGCAGAAAGGUAUAAAAGAAGGGAGGGAAAAAAUAAUAAAAAUGGUAGGGAUUAUGACAGGGACAGUAGAAAAGUUGAUAACAGAGAAAGAAGAAGAAAUAGACAAUCAGAUGAUGAUUCUGAUGAUGAUAAUGGGCAGAGGAAUAGAUAUACUGGUAAACCUAGAGAGCAAGAUGUAAGCUCACACAGAGAUGGAAGGUCAAGCAAAGAUGAAAGCUCAUACAGAAAUGAAAGGUCAUACAGAGAUGAAAGGUCAAGCAGAGAUGGAAAGUCAUUCAGAGAUGAAAGGUCAUAUAGAGUUGAAAGGUCAAACAGAGAUGAAAGGUCAUACAGGGACGGAAAGCCACAUGGUGAAGAGAGGUCAAACAGGUCAAGGUCAGACAGAGACAAUUAUAUAUCUCAAAGUUCAAGGUCAUAUAGAGACAGGUCUGAUGAAAAUGAUAGAAAAUCUGGUUACAAAGAUAAAUCUCAGGACAAAUAUGAAAGGAAUAGCUCUCGAUCUCAGGGAAAGUACGAUAAGAAACGUGAUUUAAAUAGAAAAAGUGACUCAAGCUCAAGUGCUGAUAGCGAAAAUGACUCAUCUUCCUCGGAAAGAGUGAGUAAAAAUGGAUCAAAAUCUAGGACAAUGCCAGUAAAGAGACAGUCUUCUGACUCUGAAAGUAGUUCCAGUGACUCAGACUCAGGCAAGAAAGUAGUCCCUCAAAGGAAACACAUGAGGGAUUCCUCCUCUGACGAGGAUAGUGAUGAUAAGAGGAAACCAAUGAAACAGAAGAACUAUGGCCUGGUGAUAUUGAACCCUGACAGCGCGGCAUUGAAAGAGAGGUCAAAGGUCAAAGCUAAGCAGACAAAGAGGUCAGGAUCAUCUGACAGGAAGGAAGGUCAAAGAAAACGUUCACCUAGCAGGUCUCCACCAAGGCAACAAAAGAGAAAGCUUACAGAGAAAGAGAAACAGGCCCGUCUAGCUGAGAUGAUGGACAAUGCUAAAUGGCGCGAGGACCAGCGUAAGACAAACGUGACACGUUACAAACAGGAAGAGAAAGAAGAAGAGAGUAAACAAGUCGAAAAUUAUGAAACAACGGGGAGCUCCGAAUUUGUCAAUCCACUGAUGUCACGGCAUGCUGACAGUAGUUCUGUAGAGGAUCGUAUUAAAAGGAACAAACACAACAUACUCAGAACUACUGCGGACAUGGACAGGGGUUUUAGUAAGAGAUAGUACUAUUGUGGACAUGGACAGGGGUUUCAGUAAGAGAUAGUACUAUUGUGGACAUGGACAGGGGUUUCAGUAAGAGAUAGUACUAUUGUGGACAUGGACAGGAGUUUUAGUAAGAGAUUGAACUACCGUGGACAUGGACAGGGGUUUUAAUAAAAGAUAGAAAUACCACAGACAUGGACAGGGGUUUAAAUAAGAGAUGGAAAUACCCCGGUACUGCUGACAUGAACAGGGGUUUAGUAAGAUUUGAUUGGUCAGCAGUAGUUAUUGGAUUGAUAUUGAGCAAGCAAUAAAUAUUUUGGCCAGCUUUAACCAAAGGAAAGACUUCCUAAGUUUUAUCAAAUAGCUGCAGAAGGAUAUAGACAAGGAGUUUAGUAAAACGUAGAUCAUGGCAAGUUCCCAUGGCAGCUACACUCAUCUAUUCAACUUUGUAUUGUUGUUGUUUUUUAUAAUAUGAUAAAUUUCACAAGUAUUUGUAUUUUUGUACGUUGAUGAAAUGUAGACUUGUACUUUUGUAUAUUUAACAAAUUAUUGAAUUGACUAUAAAAUGAAAUCUGUUUAAUGAUGAAAUCAUGAAGAAUUGUUGAAAUAAACCAUAAAUGUAG